CAUUAGCCCAUUUAGGCAUUUGAGUUAUUACAAGAUUAGCUUUUGUGCACUCAAUGGCUGGGAUUGUGGUGGUUUUUGACUUUGACUCUACAAUCAUUGAGUGUGAUAGUGAUAAUUGGGUUCUUGAUGAGUUUGGUUUAACUGAAAAGUUCUAUCAACUUCUUCCGAGCAUCCUUUGGAACCCUCUCAUGGAUAAGAUGAUGAAUGAACUUCAUUCACAAGGAAAAACCAUUGAAGACAUUGUUGAGGUUCUGAAUAGAACUCCAAUGCACCCCCACAUUGUCCCAGCCAUUAAGGCUGCAUAUUCCCUUGGGUGUGAGCUGAAGAUUGUGAGUGACGCAAAUAUUUUCUUUAUUGAAACAAUUUUGAAGCAUCAUGGAGUGUGGAAUUGUUUCUCGGAUAUCACUGCAAACCCCAGUUACGUUGAUGAAGAAGGGAGGCUUAGAAUUUGCCCCUACCAUGAUUAUCUAAAAUCUUCUCAUGGAUGUAAUCUCUGUCCACCGAACAUGUGCAAGGGAUUGGUCAUAGAAAGGGUCCAAAAUUCUCUUGAUGCUGCAGGAAAGAAGAAAUUCAUCUAUCUUGGAGAUGGAAAUGGAGACUUUUGCCCAAGUUUGAAGCUCAAGGAUAGGGAUUAUUUGAUGCCUAGAAAAAAUUUUGCAUUGUGUGAUUUAGUAUCUAAAAACUCUAAUCUCAUCAAGGCGGAGGUACAUGCCUGGAGAGAUGGUGAAGAACUUUAUGAAGUUAUGCUUCAUAUUAUCAACAAAGCUAUUGGAGAAGGAAACAACAUUAGUAGCUCUACUACAAUAUCAGUUGAUUGCAAGUUGGGGUCAAUGUCAAUUGAUGCUCAUAAUAAACCUUUCCCCAAAGCACUCUCAGUUCCUCAGUAACUAAAAUUGCAGAGGAUGAAGGAUAACAUUUCUUGUGGCUUCUCAGUUAUCAUCUAUGUACUGCUACUUUAUUUUUCUGCAUGCUUUUGCAGAAAGGGUAAGGGGGUUUGACAAUAAAAUAAAGUAUGAAGCAUAUUAUGUUGAAUAAAAGUAUGAAAUUUGAUCCAGUU